AAAGUAUCGCACAUCCCUACAUGUUGGAAUAAAGAAACUCGCUAAAAGUUAAAUCAGCUGAUCAUGUUUAUCAUUCGUAAUUUUUUUUGUUAUUCUCAUUCGACAGGCGACUAAGACCUGAGGCAAAGGCCAUACCCAUACAUAGUUGAUCCAUUUCCCCUAACAUUCGUGUUUAUGAUAUCAUCAAUAUAAAUAAAAAGUCAAAAUUUCUCGUGAACAAGUUGCGAUGUUCGGUCUAUUGUGUUUUUGAGUGUAAUGGAAAAAAAAAUAUAGUGUUCGCAAUAAUUUAUUAAAAGUGAUAAAUUUUUAAAGUGUUGCAUCUUUAAAAAAAUGAGUACUAGACCAAGCCCUGCACCAUUGAAACGAUCUUUUGACGGACUGUUUAACGCCUGGCUAAUGCUGCGGAGCCAGGGGCACGAAAAACCGCUCCGUAAUGCUCUAUAUAAUGUGAUGAUGGUGGCUAUAGUCGCAGUAGUCAUCGGAGUGACCAUGGUGUUGGCUCCAUUCUUCAAACCACUUUUAUGGGCUUUUUUGUUCGGUGCUGUUUUGUUUCCAGCCAAGAAGCGUCUAGCUGAAGGACUUAAUCACUGGAUCGAACGAAUAGAAAAAGAUGAAAAGCAUUUGAUUGUGGGAAUUUUGGGUGCGCCAGUUCAGGGCAUAAAUUCCUUGGGCGAGUUUUUGACUGAGUGGUUAAUGGGGCAUAUCAGGAUUAUUGGGGUUGGUUGUGGUGGUCUUGUGUUGUUACGGCUAGCACUUUUGUUUGCACCGACUGAAAUAUUUUUACUUAUUUGGAAUUUUAUCGUUUGGAGCCAUUCGUUAUUUAAAGCUGUAUUAAGUUCCUUGACAUUGCAAAUGCUGUUGUUAAUUAUCAUUUUGUAUGUGAUCAGUGUAUGCAUGCUGUGGAAAGCGGAGGUUUCAACGCCAUUCUUAGUCGUUGGUCAAUUGUUGUGGGUUUUGAUCGUUGGAUACGGAUGCAGUUUCCUCGGCGCGCUCCAAGUACCUGUAUUCUUAGGUUUACUUACAUAUGGCACUAUCGGUUUUAUCUAUAAUCUACAACGAGAUGAUAAAAACGUUCGGUUUAUUGACAAAUGGCACAGUCUUCUGGAUGUAACAAGCUAUAGAUUGGAUGAAAAUAGAGUAGAACCUGCUCCUGUACCAACAUUAGACGCCUCUUCGCAAAUGGAAGAAAUCAAAUCAAAACUACAACUGAAUGUAUCUACUCCACGACUGUCAAGUACGAUGAUUGAUUCGCAUAUAAGUAGUGCAGCCAAUAAAGUUGGUGAUAAAAACAAGGAAUCACUAGAAUCUGAUAUGUACUUUAGGAUACUCUUUUAUAGUUGCAUAACAAUGCUAAUUUGGAUACACACGUGGAUUCUGUUUCUUGGUAUUAUACCGAUAAGCUUACAUCUGGUUAAGCGUUUAGCAGAAAUACUUGGAAUUAUACAAUACUUAUCACAACGCUUAGAAAAAUUCUGGGAAAUGCUGAAAGUAUGGCUCUUUCCCCGUCAUGCUGCACUUUUGCCUCUCUGCUUACCCGGAAUAUUGAGAAUGAACACUAACAUCCACUGGUACAUUUGUAUCAAAAUACGAUCUUACAUAGAUGAUAUCAGUUCAAUUUUUAUGAUUGGCCUUCUAAGUGUAUUUGUUAUGCUGAUCAGUUUAUUUGCGUUUACGCAAAUAUAUUCUGAAACAAUCGCUGUUGCCCAACUUGGUAGCAAUCUAGUAAACCGCACUUUGGCGCAUCGACCAGAACUAAUUGAAAUGUUACCCAUUGAUAUGCAAUCGAUGGACAACAUUAUUGAUAACGCGUAUAAGUACGGGCGAUCACACAUAGAACAAUAUGUGGACGAUAUAUUCAACGACACUGAUCCGAUACAGGCAAGAAAACUUAAGCUUCAGAUUUUGAGCGUUUGGGACAGAAUUAUUCAGAGCUGGAUGGAUAGAAACAACGGUGAUGGUUUAGUGGGACCACGAGUUAAUAGUCAAUCAAUACGAGUGACGAUCGACGAAAUUUUCAUCAAUCCUAUUACAAAAGCUGGUAUUAUAGGGUUCGUGAAAAGUAACUUUGGAAUGCUGGUGGAAGUUUCAGACUCCCUCUGGAUGCUUUUGAGAACCAACCUAACUCUGUUAGCAUCUGCGGUUGGAACAUUAGUUUCAGUAAUCUUAGGUGGCGGACAUGCCGUAUUAAAAUUUCUUUUUCAUACAAUCAUUUUCUUCACUACAUUAUUCUACCUGCUCCAGAGCAGCCAGAAUCGUUAUGCACCGACAGCGAUAACUAUAAAUAACUCAUGGGGCCCUCGGAUUAUACAAGCACUAGAAGAUUCUAUUUCUAGCGUAGUAGUGGCUACACUUAAGUUAGCCCUAUUUCAUGGCUUGUUUACAUGGCUGACCCACACGAUCUUUGGUGCUCAUAUAGUAUAUUUACCAGCGGUAUUGGCUUCAAUCCUAGCAGCUGCCCCAUUUCUAGAGACUUACUGGUGUAGCGUUCCAGCUUUUCUUGAUCUUUGGCUGUCACAAGAUAGAUUUUGGCUUGGAAUUAUUCUUGUUCUGAUUCAUUUUAUUGUUCCGUCUAACUUUAACCCAAUUAUACAUUCGGAGAUUAAAGGUGGUGGCCAUCCUUAUUUAACUGGACUAUCAAUUGCUGGCGGAAUGUAUGUUUUCGGCUUGGAGGGUGCGCUACUCGGACCGCUCUUGCUUUGCCUACUUGUUGUACUUUUUGAAGUGACCAUGAGUGCCAUUAGAGAUUCUCCAGUAACACCGCAAACUAGAAAAUCUAGUUUAGACACCGAUAAUGAGCUUUACUCACCCGCGACUACUUUAGUUUAUCUAAAGAGUGGCAAGCAUUCAUCCAUGGGGAUCCACAACUGUCGUUUUGGAACAUUCCCGGAUAUGGCGGAAAUGCCUCUGACUGGAGCAGCAAAUGCGAAAUUAGCGAUGAUGACAUAGGUGCCAAUACUAAAGGCAAUGCUCCGUCCAUUGAAAGUGGUGUUAAAAAGCUUCUAUAGUACAGUUUGAAAUUUUUUAUUUUUAUCCACCUAUAACAAUAGCUUCAAAUGUGCUAAAAAUAAUUGUUACAGUGUUUCAGUUGUUGGUCAUUUGUAGGAACAAUAUUUAUUAAAAUAAAUAUUGAAUGUUA